GUUUUCCUUUUGCAAACCAAUAUAUAUAUAUAUAUAUAUAUAUUUCUAUAAGCUCAAACUAUGCCGGAACCUCCAAAGAAAUUCGAUAAAGAGCCAAAAGCUUGUCUUUCUGAUAAUGGUAUCAAAGACAAAAAUCACAAGUCUUGGCAAUACAUAGAAGAUGUUACGAGUAAUGCCGAUGGAGUUCAGAGAAAGGUUCUAGCUGAAAUCCUUGGUCGUAGUGCCAACGUUGAGUACUUGACGAGACACGGCCUUAACGGUCGUACGGACAGAGAAACUUUCAAGAAGGUGAUCCCCAUCGUUACCUAUGAGGAUUUAAAGCCCGAUAUCGAUCGCAUCGCUAAUGGUGACACCUCUCCAAUUCUCUGUUCCAAACCCAUUUCCGAGUUUUUGACCAGCUCGGGAACAUCUGGGGGAGAGAGGAAACUAAUGCCAACAACAGAAGAGGAGCUCGAAAGGCGAUCUUUGCUUUAUAGUCUGUUAAUGCCGGUGAUGAACCAGUUUGUUCCUGGUCUUGACAAAGGCAAAGGAAUGUAUUUCUUGUUCAUAAAAUCAGAGGCCAAGACCCCAGGGGGACUUAUAGCUCGUCCAGUUCUAACAAGCUAUUACAAGAGCUCGCAUUUCAGGAACAGGUUUCAUGAUCCUUAUGCGAACUACACAAGCCCAAACGAAACAAUUCUCUGCCCUGAUUCUUAUCAAAGCAUGUACUCUCAGUUGCUUUGUGGGCUCUGCCAAAACAGAGAAGUUCUUCGUGUUGGUGCUGUUUUCGCUUCCGGAUUUAUUCGUGCCAUUAAAUUCCUCGAAAAGAAUUGGAAACUUUUGGCUCAUGAUAUUCGGACAGGGACAAUUGACUCCAAAAUUAAUGAUCCUUCGGUUAGAGAUUCGGUCAUGAAAACUCUCAAACCGGACCCUGAUUUUGCAGAAUUCAUUGAAACAGAAUGUGGCAAAGAGUCGUGGAAAGGAAUUAUAACGAAGCUUUGGCCAAACACGAAGUAUAUAGAUGUUAUUGUGACUGGAACAAUGUCUCAGUACAUCCCUAUACUUGAUUAUUACAGCAAUGGUCUCCCUCUUGUUUGCACUAUGUAUGCUUCUUCAGAGUGUUACUUUGGCCUCAAUUUGAACCCACUUUGUAAACCAAAUGAAGUCUCUUAUACCCUCAUACCUACCAUGGCCUACUUUGAAUUCUUGCCAGUGAAUAGGAACAAUGGUUUUUCUAAUUCCAUUUCUGAAGCCAAAGACAAAAACAAAAACCAAGAUUUGAUUGACCUUGUUGAUGUUAAAAUGGGACAUGAAUAUGAGCUCGUUGUCACUACUUAUUCAGGGCUUUAUCGUUACCGUGUCGGUGACAUACUCCGAGUGACAGGAUUCAAGAACAAAGCCCCUAAGUUCAGCUUCGUGUGCAGAAAAAAUGUGGCUCUCAGCAUUGAUUCUGAUAAAACCGAUGAGGUAGAGCUACAAAACGCUGUGAAAAAUGCAGCAAAUCAUCUCUGUCCUUUUGGUGCCACUCUCACAGAGUACACUAGCUACGCCAACACAUCCACUAUUCCGGGUCACUAUGUUCUGUAUUGGGAGAUUAAUCAACAUGGAGCAAACCCAAUUCCUCCUUCGGUGUUCGAAGAUUGUUGCCUCGCAAUCGAAGAGUCCCUUAACAGUGUGUACAGGCAAUGUCGUGUUUCGGACAAGUCCAUUGGUCCUCUUGAGAUCAAAAUAGUGGAGCAUGGAACUUUUGAUAAGCUCAUGGACUAUGCUCUCAAUCACUUAGGUGCAUCUAUAAACCAGUACAAGGCACCUAGAUGUGUGAAAUAUGCUCCGAUUGUUCAACUUUUGAAUUCCAAAGCUGUUUCGAAUUACUUCAGUCCUAAGUGCCCGAAAUGGGUUCCGGGUCAUAAGCAGUGGUGUACUCAGAACUAAACAAGAGUGAUUAAGGUUAAUAAUAGGCUUCUAUGUUGAAACUGAACAAGAAAUUGUCUUCAAACAAAGUUACGAAUAGGUUGACCCAUUAUUAAUUAGCUUAUUAAUGCUGUUUAACUUCUACCAAAAAGAGACACUUAUUUGGUGGAAAAAAAGCUAUGUCCUGAAUAAAUUUAUCACUCUGUUUAUACUUA